AUGUCGAGUUAUGUGAAAUUUAUGAAAGAGAUAUUUUCUAAUAAGAGAAAAAUGGAAGAUUAUGAAACUGUGGCUUUGACAGAAGAGUGUAGUGCGAUUAUUCAAAAGAAGCUUCCUCAAAAGUUAAGAGAUCUGAGUGGUUUCACUAUACCUUGCAGCAUUGAGGAUUUUAAUUGUGAGAGGGCUUUGUGUGAUUUGGGUGGAAGGAUUAAUCUGAUGUCGAUGUCCGUAUUUAGAAGACUUGGUUUGGGGAAAGCUAGACCCACUACUGUUACUCUUCAAUUGAUCGACCGUUCAUUGACCCAUCCUCGAGGUAUUAUUGAAGACAUUCUUGUCAAAGUGCUCGAAUCCAUCUUUCCUGGAUAUGUUAUUGUGCUUGAUAUGGAGAAAGAUGAAGAUGUUAAAAUUAUUUUGGGGAAACCAUUUUUAGCCAUCGAUCAACCCUUGAUGAGGAAAGUUGAGGCUAAGAGUGCAAGGCAAUGA